AUGGUCGUUGCGACAAUCAAGUGCGUCGUCGUCGGCGACGGUGCGGUCGGAAAGACAUGUCUUCUUAUCAGUUAUACCACCAACAAGUUUCCCUCGGAAUACGUUCCUACUGUCUUCGACAACUACGCCGUGACCGUCAUGAUCGGUGAUGAGCCAUACACCCUCGGUCUUUUCGAUACUGCCGGACAGGAAGAUUACGACCGCCUGCGACCUCUGUCAUACCCCCAAACCGACGUCUUUCUCGUCUGCUUCUCCGUAACUUCGCCCGCUUCCUUUGAGAACGUCCGCGAGAAAUGGUUUCCCGAAGUACAUCACCACUGCCCGGGCGUGCCCUGCCUUAUUGUCGGCACACAAGUAGAUCUUAGGGAGGACGCUGCAGUAAAAGACAAGCUCUCAAAACAGAGGAUGGCACCCGUGAAAAAGGAGGAUGGUGAAAAGAUGGCGCGAGAGCUGGGCGCGGUCAAGUACGUCGAGUGUUCGGCCUUGACUCAAUAUAAGCUCAAGGAUGUAUUUGAUGAGGCUAUCGUGGCAGCACUUGAACCACCAGCAGCGAAGAAAGAGGGCGGCGAGAGGAAGAAGGGCAAAAAAUGUAUUGUCCUCUGA